GGAGUGCAUUGUUUCUAUUUCAUUCCCGAUUUUCAUACGACCGCAGCGGCGGCGAGGGCGAGAGAGUGUGUGUGAGAGAAGUGGGAGAAACCGACCCCAUGAGUCUCUUGAGAAAUUUCGGCCGGAUCUUGAUACCUCAGGCCGUCGUCUCACGCGGGUCCUCCUUUUUUCCCCGUCUGUUUGGCCCCCAUUUGCCUUCUUUUUCUUCUCCUUCCUUCUUGCAGCAGCAGUCGAGGGGAAUCCGGGUGAAGGUGAUAAAUGGUAACCUGGAGCAGGCAAUCCAGGUGAUGCAGAGGAAGAUGGUUUCUAGCGGCAUGGAGAGGCUCAUCAGAAGAGCCCCUACCCACCAUCUGAAGAACUCAGACAAGCGAAUCCUGGCUCAGAAGAACUUGCAGAAAAGGAUCAAGUCGCAGGAUUUGGCGAGGAAGCUUAGGACCAUUUUGAUCAAGAAAGUCAGGGGCCUUUGAGGAUAUUUCAGAUGGCAUGAAAGGGAUAAUUUGUCACACCAGGUGAUUGGCUCCUUUUCUCCUGAGCCAUUUGCACUUUCUGACCUUAUCAAUUUACACCUCAGGAAAGCAACUGUGUCUUUGAUUGAAAUUUUGUUUUUUGUCUUGAUUUGUAAUAAGUUUAAGCCACUGCUUACCAACCACACAUAUUAGCUGGUCAUUGGGCUUCAAUGGAAUGAAUGUAUGGGAACAUCUAGGCAGCCUAGAUACAUUCACGAAAUCACAUAUUCAUUAGUCUAAUUUGGCCUGCCAAAAUUAGGAAAAUUAUUCUAUCAAAUGUAGGUUACUGAAACAGAUUGUGUGAUUAUAUGUAAAGGGCUGUCUGCUGGUUGCACUUGCAUAAGGUUUCCCAUGACGUGUCGAUUUGCAUAUUCGUCCAUAGGUCAAAUCAAGUAUGUAAUUAUUGGAAUAAUUGUUGGAGACUCAAAUGAUGGAUAGGCAAGCAUGAUAACUUA